AUGAGACCCAAGACGGCGCAUAGCAACCGUUUGGAAGACGAUUAUGAUGGACCAGUGGCACAACAGCACGGUACGACCCGACAACCCCCGCGACUGAAUUUUCAACGCUCUUUUGAUUUUUCGCCCUUCAAGACCAAACCUGUUCCUUCAGCACCCCAGGUUCAGUCGUCGCAAAGAGAAGUGUCUCUCAGUAGCCGGUUUGGUGUGCUGUCCAUCAAGGACGACAUCUUUACGGACUACACUCAAGAUGAAGAUCAAGUGGUUUUCAGCCAAGAGAGCAGCAAUAGUUCCAUGACAACUGCGGCGAGCACUACGCAGAUGGACAACGUUACUAUGCGCCCCUCUCGCAAACUGGCCGCGAUACCGCCAGAGCUGUCACCGAAAAGGAGACAGGCCAGCCGCAUGACGGAUCCUGUCACACCUUCGCCAGACGCUAAGCGAGUGAAAGCCGACAUGAACGAACUCCAAGAGGCAAUCAUGUCAAUCAAGGCUUCGCGAUCGCCGGCCAGAUCCCCUUCUCCUAAUAAGCCCUCGUUCUUGACUAAAGAUUCUAACUUGACUCAAUUCACAGCUUGGGACGUCGAAGGUCGAUUAGGCGAGCUUGAUUCUCAGUUCAAGAAGGUGCAGGAUUCGAUGAACAGCAUGAUUUCAGACAAGGAGUUGAUGGACGAGCGAGUCGAGAUGUACAAGAAGAGAAUAUCCGAACUCGAAGCCGAGCGGGAUAAGAUCGCGGAUCGGAACGAGAACUUACACACUGAACUCAACAGCAUGCGAGAACAGAUGCAGCGAUUGACGAUCGAAUCAGAAACAGAGAAACGAACUCACAAGUACGAACUCGAGGAUGAAGCCCGCAAGCGCCGUCAUGAAGUGGAUGAACUGCGAAGAGAGUUGAGAGACGAGGUAUCGCGACAGGAGAAGAGCCAGAGUGAGGCCUUGGAAGCUCUUGAGCGACAUUACAAGGUCAUGCUUGAAGACGAGCGUGAUAAACAGGAAAAAGAGGUUGAGAACCUUCGCAUGAGGCUUGGAAACGAGCAACAGGACCUUCACCUCAGCCUGCAAAAGAAGGAUCGCGAGGUGUCGGAGAUGAGAGCCGUGAUUGAAGGGCUCAAGGGCGACUUGGACCGUGAGCAGAGUCUCAAAAAGGGCCUCGAAGCCACCAUCACGGAGCUCUCAUCAUCCAAUCAUCAACUCCAGGGCAGAAUCAACUCCCUUGCUGGACAGGUCGAUUACCUCCAGUCCGACAGCAAAGCGCAGUCAGACUCGUACACCCAGAUGGAGGCGAGGUUGCAGGAGGCCCUACAGAUCGCAGAAGUGGCUAAGGAGAAGCUUAUCAAGGAAGAGACGGAGCGUCGCAUUCUCUUCAACAAAUACCAAGAGCUCAAGGGCAACAUUCGUGUUAUGUGCAGAGUGCGUCCUGUGCUGAGCUCUUCGGAAGGUGCGCCUGCACAAGUCGCAUUCCCAGAUGACAAGACCUCGGCAGAAAUCGCCCUCGCAGGACCCGAGGAGGUCAACAGCAUCUCCGGCAAGGUCACGAGGAAGAACUACAACUUUGAGUUCGAUCGUGUCUUCGACCCCAGGGCGCAGAACCAGGACGUCUUUGACGAGAUCUCCCAGCUCGUGCAGAGCGCGCUUGAUGGAUACAACGUUUGCAUCUUCUGCUACGGCCAAACGGGUUCCGGCAAGACGCAUACCAUGUCGUCCCAGGACGGCAUGAUUCCCCGGGCGACACACAUGAUUUACGAAACCGUCACCAAGCUCAAGGAGAAGUCGUGGACGUACAGAAUGGAGGGAUCCUUCAUUGAGGUGUACAACGAGGAGCUGAAUGACUUGCUGACUCCCAACAGCCGCGAGGGGCGCAAACUUGAGAUCCGCCAUGACGAUGUGCGCAAGCAGACCACAGUCCUCAACUGCAAGUCUGUUAGUCUGGACUCGGCCGACACAGUAGAGAUGAUGCUCGACGAGGCCCAGAAGAACCGAUCGGUGGCGGCGACCAAGGCCAACGAGAGGUCUUCGCGUUCGCACAGCGUCUUCAUCCUCAAGCUCGUGGGCUUCAACUCGGCGACAGGAGAGCGAUGCGAAGGCACGCUGAACCUGGUGGAUCUCGCCGGAUCCGAGAGGCUGAAGCACUCACAGGCCGAGGGCGACAGGAUGAAGGAGACACAGAACAUCAACAAGUCUCUGUCGUGCCUCGGCGACGUCAUUGAGGCUCUCGGCAGGGGAAGCGGGCACAUUCCGUAUCGUAACUCCAAGCUGACGCAUUUGCUGCAAUACUCGCUUGGAGGUAACAGCAAGACGCUCAUGUUUGUGAUGGUUAGCCCGUUGGAGACUCAUCUGAAGGAGACUCUGACAAGUUUGCGUUUUGCUACUAAAGUUCAUAAUACCCAUAUUGGCACCGCCAAGGCGAUGAAGAAGGUGUAA